AUGCAGCCAUGCCCAGGGAGGCUGUGGGAUGUCAUUCCCUGGAGCCAGAGCACCAGUGGCCUGACCGAGGGGUUUGUGUCUCCCCAAGAGAUCCACCUGAGGCUGAGCGGCGGCCCCAACGGGUGUGCGGGCAAUGUGGAGAUCUACUACUUUGGCCUCUGGGAGAAGGUGUGUGGCUACCUGUGGGACAUGCAGGACGCCCAGGUGGUGUGCAGGCAGCUGGGCUGUGGCUUCCCUCUGGCAGUCAUGUACCCCUUCCCUCCAAGCGACUCAUACUCCUAUGAGUUCACCGAGAUGGACUGCACGGGCGAUGAGAGCUUCCUGUGGCACUGCCCCUACAAAUACCUGUACGGCUCCUGUUACCACGGAGAUGCUUCUGUCGUCUGCUCAGCACCAACUGUCUCCAGACUGAUGUUCCCCACGCCAUGGAAUACAACAGGGAACUUCUCCUGUGGUGGCUUACUGCAUGGAUUGUCUGGCACCCUCCAGAGCCCGGGAUACCCCAACUCCUACCCCGACAACUCCUACUGCGUGUGGCGCAUCUGGCUGUGGGACCCGGCCCGCAGGAUCCAGCUCCGGUUUACAGAUGUGGAGCUGGAGGGCAGCAGCUGCACCUUCGAUGCCAUCGAGGUGUUUGAUGGAGGCUCAACCCAGAGCUGGCUCCUGGGCCGUGUUUGCUGGAACGACCACCGUGUCUUCAACUCCUCUGGGAACCAGCUCACCGUCCUGUUCCGCAGCGACGGCAGCGUCACCAGGAGGGGCUUCCACGCCUACUACUCCUCAUUUCUUGCCUUCAAUGCCACCGUGGCUCCCAUUACUUCUACUGCGUCACCAACUCCAGAAGAUUAUUCUUGUGGUGGCUCGCUCUUCUCUUCAUCUGGUACCUUACAGAGCCCAUUUUACCCCAGAAAUUAUCCAAACAAUGCUGACUGUGUGUGGGAAAUACAAGUAGAAAGCAACUUCCGUGUCACGCUUGUAUUUACAGAUAUUCAGAUGGAAGGUGGCAGAUGCCUCUCUGACUAUGUGGAAAUCUACGAUGGGCCCCUGCACAGCUCUCCUCUCCUUGGCAAGAUUUGUUCUGGUUAUUACCCCACGUACACAUCGUCCUCCAACCUGCUGAGCGUCCGCUUCCACAGCAACUCCCGAUACACGUACAGAGGGUUUCAGGCCAACUAUCACUCCACUCCUGCUGAUGACAGCACCACACUGCUGUGUUUGCCAGACUACAUGCACGUGGUUGUGAGCAGAUACUUCCUCCAGUACCACGGCUACUCUGCUUGGAACCUGACCCUGAAUGACCCCACUUGCAGACCCAACAUCACAUCAAAUUCCGUGUCAUUCGACAUUCCGUACACUCGCUGUGGCACUGUCAGAGAGGGAAACAACGACACAAUCAGCUAUUCCAACAUUAUUAGAGGGUCCUCUUCUGGUACAUUAAUCACAAGAAAUAGAAAUCUUCUCUUGCAUGUCAACUGCAAGAUGCUCCAGAACACCUGGGCAAAAACGAUGUACGUCGCAGACGACAAUUUUGAAGUCAACGAAACUCAGUAUGAGAGAUACGAUGUAAACCUCACAUUUUAUGACUCCUCAAGCUUCUCGAGGCCAGUGUAUGACUCACCCUACCGUGUUGGCAUCAACCAGAAUUUGUUCCUGGAAGCUUCCCUGCACAGCUCUGACCCAUCCCUGGAGUUAUUUCUGGACACUUGUGUGGCAUCUCCCACUCGCCACAAUUUUACAACAAAAUCCUAUCCUAUAAUCGAGAAUGGGUGUGCCAAAGAUCCCACCUAUGCUACAUAUUACUCACCCUUCAGACACACCCUCAGGUUUAAAUUCAACGCCUUCCAGUUCAUUCAGAGCAACCCAGAGGUUUACCUGCAGUGUGAGCUGGUGGUCUGCAGGGCCUAUGACUAUUCCUCCAGGUGCUACCAAGGCUGUCUUCAAAGGUCCAAGAGAGAGGCCAGCUCUGACCUGGAAAGUGUGAUUGUUGUUGCUGGCCCAAUACAGCUUUGGAAACCUGAGAUAAUGGAUGAACUUGGGUCUGAGUAAAACUGUCUCCUUUGACAGACAGCAUCUUUAAAUGCCAAUUGAAUUCUGGAAGAAGCCAUGCUGCUAGGUUGCCAGAAGCUCUAGAAUAAA